GACCACCUCGUACCUCCUCAAACCUCAUCCUUCCAUGUUUUCAGGCACAAAGUCUGUGUUGGACAUGCCGUGUUUCACAACGCGACCGAUACGAGUUGUGCACAUCUACCUCAGCCAGAGGAGCUAAUCUGUUGUUGGCAGAGAGCUCCGAAUUGGUUGUGGCUGCGCGUGUGCCGAGGGAGCUUUUGUGGAGCGAUCGCGAUCUCUCUUUUGUCGGGGUCAGAUCACGCCAUCUGAGAUACAAAACGUUGAUCACUACAGAACAUCUAUCUGCGAGCAAAGCAAGCUGCUUCUUCACCUAUGACUAUUGUAUCUACUGUAGUGGUGUGAGCCAGUAAAGUACUGUUACUCCCUGCGUCUUCUGCACUUCGGUGUUUCAAAACUUAUCGUAGUCUCUGCAGUGGAACUCACACUGUUAUGGUGCAACGCCAAGGCUGCGUUCGUCACGAGAUCAUAAGAGGACUUGAGGUGACACAGUGUUGGUGAACUCGCGCCCAAGUGCGGCGCACUGUCGAGUUUCUUGCUCGUGUAGUUGAGGUCGUGCUUGAAGGAAGAUCUGGCACUCGAGCACCCUCAGGAGUGUGUGGUUUGCCGUUCGUGGUGUUUGUGAUCUUGGAAAACAGUGUGUGGUGAAUUUGGAAGAGUGCCAUCUUGUUGCCGUAGUACUCAGGGAGUACAAUGACCUGGCAGUUCUUGGACGAACUCUGUUCGAGAUGACCCCGGCUACUAGCCACGACCGGCAGCAAGAACAGGCCUUUCCAUUAUCACAGCACACUGUGACACGGCGCAAGGCUGUUGGCCGCAACUUCCGGGUCGGCGACAAGAUCGAAGCCGAGGACAGCCAGAAGAAAUGGUACCCAGCUCGUAUCCUGCAAGUAGAUGAGGAGGAUAGCUGCGUUCUGAUUCACUUUGACGGCUUCAGUGCACGCUACGAUGAGUGGAUCGAAAUGGCCUCUCCGAAGCUGCGCAUGCCGAUACGGCGAGGCCGAGACAAGACGGCGCUUCAGCAUCUUCGAGUCGGAGAGUCAGUAUUGGCUCGGUGGACAGAUGGGAAGUUUUAUCCAGCGCGUAUCACGGAGAUAUCAGAGGAGUCGUAUCGUGUGGAAUUCUACGACGGCUAUUCACGCACGCUGUCCCCGAAUCACAUUCGCCCUGCUGAUCCAACACAACAGCAGCGAAGCCGUGCUCACUCCCGCUCCGGGUCCAGCGGACGGUCUUCAGGUGAUACAGCCAACACACCGACCGCUGGCUGCGCAAAGCAGCUGGUGAAUUCGCGCCGGCGAUCGCGCAACUCGUCGGCCGUGUCAUCUGCAGCAACUACCCCUGCAAAUUCUUACCCAGUGUCGCCUGCUGGCAACGGCGAGCACACUCCUACCAACGGUCUUUCUCAGAUUUCUGUCUCUCACCAGUCUCUCAAGUUGUCGACGAGGGUGUCGUUUGUGGCGGAGCAGCAAUUGCCGGCAGACUUGCCAUUGUGCUCGACUAUCCUCAGCGAGUGUGUAAUGUCAUCGCCGCCUUUGCUGGCUGCUCAGGACCCUGAACCUCUUGGCAACAACAGCAGCAGCAAGCAUAGUGGCAACGGAGGCAGUGACCGUCCAAGGCACGUUAACGGGAACGGUUCAACCAGUCACGCAAUAGUUACGAGCACUUCCCCUGGCACUGGCUUUGCUGUACCGCCGCACACAACAGUUGAAGCCAACGGCAAAACGUUUGGUUCAAUUAUUUUGAGCUCAGCGUCCAUUCUCGAGCGGCCGCCAGCAUCAACAGCAGUAUUUUCAACAGCAUCUCCAGCUGUGGCACAGCAAACGGCGGGUACUACGACUGUCGCUAGUUUGUCAUCGUUGACAAGGCAGCACAGUUCCAGUGGUACUCAGAACGGAUUUCAUCUCGACUCCUCGUUGUCCACAGGUGAUCGCUCUGCUGCAACAACAGCAGCAGCAGCGCCGACGGCCUCAUCUGACAUGUGUCGCGGUGCCAGCCCAGCCGUGAGGAGCGAGUUCUCCCCUGAUAUGACAGUCGUCACGCCGCCAAGACUGCCUGAGUUCACGCCCCUGUCGCCCAACCACUCACCGCACCAUCACGCUGCUCCUUCCUCGCACCCCGCCGCCACCAUAUCGCCGCUGGUCGGGUGUGCCCCAGCGACGACAACACACUCUACGUCGUGCGGUCUUGUCGGUACUGGUGUUGAUAUCGGUGCUGCUGUUGGUGUCAACUGUGCGUCUGUAGCCAAUUGCCCGUCGCCAACAUCCGACGGCGUUGUUGCAUGUGAACCGCUCGUGUGUCCAAUGGAUACAAGUAUGGCAUCCCCCACGUGCACUGCGCCCACGUCUGUUGUUACACCCAACGACUCGCCAAUCGUUGCUUCCGCGGUUGCAGUCUGCCCGGUAACGGUCAGCACUGCGUCUUUCGUGCAGUCUUCCCCUGCCACGGAAGAUGUGUCCAUGGCUAUGGAGUGUGCGAGAAGGCACGAAGAGGCGCCUGCCCCGGACGCUCAACCACCUGUGCCUGUACGGCACCGCACAGACUCCGAGACAUCCAACUCGGGCAGAUCCAAGCGGAAGAAACUGGACGGAGUCCUUGCUCCUCCACCGGCUAGGAUUGCGCCGAAAGAGGUGAUUGCAGUUCAAGAUCACAAUCCGUACAAAUGCAAAGUGUGCGAAAAGACCUUCCGAAAGUGGCCUUUACUGGAGUCCCACUACAAGCACUACCAUCCUGAUAACCAAAGAGACUUGCAGCAGGCUAAGAAAGAAAGCGACAAGCGGCCGUCACUACCGGCUGUAACUGGCAAUGAUGCUGAUCGAAUGCUGAAGUUAGCACAAAAGAAGCGCAAUACAUCAAGUAAGUCUGUGUCCGCAACAGCGAUGUCCAGCAGCACAGCAGAUGUACCGCAGCCCAGUGUCACGCGCCAGCGCUCUACGUCCGCAACCACUGCUUCUGCUCCUCACAGCAAGAGAAAGGAUGCACCUGAUGUGGUAACGCAGCGCCAGUCCUCUGCGCCGGCGUCACUCAACUUUGACUCUUUGAGCUCGCCGAUGACACCGGACAUACCUACGUUCACCACUUCGCUAAGUAGUCCUGCGGGCGACUCUGCUGCUGCUGUGGCCUCUGCCUCCACGCAGUCGCUCCUGCCCAGCAGCCGAGGCAAACGGAAGUCGAGUGGCACCGACGGGGUCCCGGCCAAACGUGGCCGUCCGCCGUCAUCAUCGCUAUCCACGGAGAGCACUCCGCGUCUUCCCAUGGCACUUGGCAAGGGGGGCAGCUUGGCCAGCAACACUGGUAGCGAGAAGUCAAAGUCAAGUAGGGACAGUGCGCCAGUGCGAGUUCCCAAGUCCAGCAGGCGCAGCCUGAGUUUCUCGUCUGAUUCCGUCUUUGUUGAAUUGAGUCCGGAGGCGGAUUCUCCCAAGGUGAAGACGGACGUGGGGUGUGUUGAGGUGCCGGCGGACGCCGUGAUCUGCUGCCCGUGUCGAGACCUGUCGUUCCGAGGCACUCUUGUUCGGUGUACGGGUUGCAGGACGUACCAACAUCUGAUCUGUCUCCCAGUUGCUACGAUGCAGCAGUCCUGGUUGAGAUAUCAGUGCCGGGCAUGUACGCACCCAUCUGGCAAACGGAGAGGUGCUCGCGACAAGCUCCCAGCUGACUGGUUCUGUUCACAAUCGCUGUGCCGAAACCCUGCACCUCUGCUAUCGCAACUUGAGACAGCAUUGCCGGCAGAUGUGAAGCCGUUCACAGGUUCUGCUCCUGUCGCCACUGCUGCGCCGAGAGUGUUAUCGUCACCACCGGCAGCACCGCCACGAACGAAACGGAUUCUCUCCAGCGAGCGAGAAUGCUUGCUGGCCGCAAAGUUUGUCGACCUGCAGCAUGCGGCCAGCCAGGACAUUCUCUCUGUGGGAGAGGUCUUGUCGGCGACGAAGAAGCAGCUCGAUGUUAUCAAGCACCCCGAGAAGCCGUUCAACUGCUCUGCUAUCAACCGCCUUCUCCCGCCGAUGCCCAAGACUGAUGCGAGUCUAGUGUCACCGAUCAGCAUUAAUACGGAGCAGAUUGGAGGCACCAAGUUGAAGCACCCGGCGCAUACACCCAGUCGAGAAGCAAGGGCAAUGGCGGCAAGUGGCUUGUCGUUUGCUAAUCAUCUGCGCUCACCCGGCAUUUCGCCAGAUACAGACGUCAACAGCAUGGCUGCCGUUGCGCCACUGCAUGCCGCGCUACCACCAUCGCUGCAUAGAAGUGCCUCUGACGGUGCCAGGCCGAUGACUGGCAUGGCGUCUGCACGCAAUUCCAUGCCACUCGGCGGUGCGGCAAUGCGCUAUCGUUCCCACAGUCAUGGUUCACCUGUGGCGGGUGGCGGUGGCUCGGUCGUACCAAGUAUACAGCAGCUUGUGGACGGUCCUGGCUUGUCACACUUACCUUCCACCACGGCACCCGUGACGACAACUAAGCCAUUGUCACCAUCAUUAGUGUCCGGAUCCAGUACUGUAAUAUCUCCACAGUCCACCGCCUCGUCGUCUGUAAUGCCUUCGCCAACAACCGCAAGGAGUUGUGAGUCGCCUCUACCGGCCACCUUCAAUGUCUCACCGCAUUCUGAGUUUGGCGCACGACCCGCAACUCUGCUCUCAUCGAGAUCUGUGCCGUCCUCUCCAUCACUGAGCCGCAAGCACAAACAGCACCCUGCUGCUGCUGCUAUCUUCGCUUCAGGCCAGUAUCCUGCAGCCACGGCCGGAUCUCCCAUGUCUGUGCAUACGCCAACGCUGAGCAAAGCAGCUGCUGAGCAGAUGUUCUUCAACGGUGCACUCCUACCCAGGUCUACUAGUGCCUCGCCCAUGUCCAGACCUGUUGAUGAUAUGCAUCUAGCCGACACUUGCCAAACGUUGUCGUCCGCCACUAAGUCUCUCUCGUCGGCACCAUUUGCACGUCCUGGCUCUGUCAAGCAGAAGUCCGCCGGUCUAACAGCGGACUCUGGUAAAGGCAACAGGCGCUCAUCUGCCGUGGAGUCUGAAGCAGAGCGGAACCUGCGCGUCCAGGCUGCACAGACUGAGAUGCUAUCCCGUGUUCGCGAAAUACAUUCGUCGGUUGGACGGCGCCUCAAUCUUCUCGAGGAGCUGGUUUUCGAUUUAGAGUCAAUGGAGGCAAGCUUUCGAUCUGAAGGUCCACUCAGUAGUGACUUUGCAACGCAGCAACAACUGGUCCUUUUCCAAAGUUUGUUCCAUGCAGUCGACAAAUUAGAACAUGUCACACCGCCGUAGAUGUUGGCAAGCCUGUGUGCUCGUAGCUUGGUUGCUGCUCUUUUGUACGUACGUUACCAGCGCUUUGCGUGUGUGUGUGUGUGCGUGCAUGUGUGUGGGUGUGGGUGUGUGUGUAUGUGUAUGUGUGUGUGCGUGACAUUAUAAUAUUCCUUAUUCCAGGUGUGUGCGUGUGUGUGUAUGUGUAUGAGUGUACAUUAGCCUGUCUGCGUUUGUGAAGUUGGCCAUUGUCCGAAUGUUUCCAUGCUGCGUCCAGAGGUUUGUGUGACCUGCUGUCGAGUCAUUAUUUCGAUCCUCCUGUAUUUCUCCUCUUUUUGAUUUGACAAGAAUCCUUGCUGAGCUCCUGCUGUUGCUAACCAUGUGCUGUAUCGUACCAUUCUCUUUCUCCUCUGAUCGCUGACCCACGGGUCUGUGGCUCGAUGGGCUGUGGACUGGUCAUUCUGCUGUUCUAUACGACGAUGCAUGACAGUUCGAUGUAUCUACAUGCGCUACUACUACAUCUUACCAGCGUUCUGUUCUGUAGUGUCAUUGUGCAUCGCCAGUAGACCUAUCCUGCUUUCUCUCUCUUCCAGACUCUUUCCGGUCGUCCCGCUGUCUCGCAUAUUCCUUUUCUAGCCUGCGUUGCUCCUGCUGCCUUGAUGCCCUGUUGUUCCCGCCUCCCUUCGCCAAUUGAAACGAUGAUGCUUUUGACAUCCUGACAAACGACGUGUUCUCUGCGUUGUCUUACUGCUUGCUGCGACGCUGUCUAAUUCCCUGCGUGCUGUGUACAAAUUGACAUUCUGUAUGUUCGCUCUCAGUAUGCUUAUGCAACCUCACUGAAAAGAAGAAAAAGUAUAGUGAAAAAAUAA